CCCGUCAAUUUCCAAGACUUUGGCAGGAGCCCGGGCAGGGGACGGGGGAACACGUGCUCCCGCUCCGCGCCGAGGGCAGGGAAAAGAGGCUUCAACAAGUGAAGGGAGGCCGUCUAAUUCACACUGUCUUUACCUGAGAACACCUCCAAAACAAAGAGACAGACUUCUCUCCUGGCUUUGUACGCUGGAGGGGACCUUCAAGCCUGUGACUUCUCAAUGCAAGAAUGAAGUGAAUUUAAAAACGAGGCAAGAAACCAGGCCUUGAAAUCUCCGAAAGGUAGGAGAGACUUCAGACUGCAAUGGGCAGUUACUGGCAUUGCUGUAGAGACAUCCUGAACGACGUGUUGGAAAAGGAAGUGCACAGGACAGUCUUUCUGCAUUGUGAACAUGUUUGAGACCCCCAUGCAAAGCUGUGCUCUGUUCUGACUCCAAGUCUCCUCAGACAUGGCCGAGGAAAAUGCACCUGAAAGAACUCUAUGCACUGACGCAGCCUCAGGAAAACCCGCAAUGGCUGCCAAGCGCAAAGGUGGCCUGAAGCUGAACGCCAUCUGUGCCAAGCUGAGCCGCCAGGUCGUGUUUGACCACGGGGGAGCCGAGCAGGGACGCGUGGACAGGGGCCCACAGCAGGACAGCAGCAGCAAGGAGCUGCCCCAGGCGGGCACCAGGGAGCCGGGCACRGAGCUCUCCGAUGGACUCAGCCGCGUGCAGAAGAUCGAAGASGACAAGAGGAGGGAGGUGAUUGAGAAGUGGGUGAACGGGGAGUACAACGAGGAGCCCCUGCUGGGGCGAGCAGAGAGCAGGGAGUGCAAGGGCAGCGAGAGCGCGGAGCUGCCCCCAGAAGGGGUGUACAUGGUCCAGCCCAAGGGCUGCAGCGACGAGGAGGACAACGGGGACGAGGCAGACGCGCUGAGGGCACCGCAGGACGACAGCUUCGUGGAUGAGCGGGACUCGGACGGGCCGGCCGGCAGGGACGAUGCCUACCGCCCCUCCAGCAGCGAGCCCGGUGCCAGGCUGGGGACAGGAACCACCUCAGGGGAAGCCUCCUCGCUGCAGGAUUACGCUGCCACCACCAUGAACGAGUUCCUGGGCAUGUUUGGCUACGACGAGCAGAACAUGCGGGACGAGCUGGCCCGCAAGAUCAGCUUUGACAAGCUCAACGCCGCUACCUCAGAGGCCACGGCCAGCGUGGGGCCCGUCCCCGGCGAGGACGCCGGCAGCAAACGCGCCCGCUUCUCCAAGUACGAGGAGUACAUCCGCAAGCUGAAGGCGGGGGAGCAGCUCUCGUGGCCCGUGCACCUGGCCAAACCCGAGGAGCUGGGCUCCAAACUGCUCAAAGAGCCCUCCUCGGUGCUGGCACAGCCCGUGCGGGUGCCCGGGGCAGAGUCCUCCCUGCUGACGGAGACCAAAGCCACCAUCCUGCCCCUGCCCUCCSCCAGCAGCUCCCAGAUGCAGGGCCUGAUGGCACGGGCCUCCAAGUACGACUUCUUCAUCCAGAAGCUGAAGACGGGUGAGAGCAUCAGGCCCCAAAAUGGCAACACCUACAAGAAGGCCUCCAAGUACGACCUGGAGAACGUCAAGUACCUGCACCUCUUCAAGCCUGGGGAAGGAAGCCCAGACAUGGGAGGAGCCAUCGCCUUCAAGACGGGCAAGGUGGGCCGACCUUCCAAGUACGACGUGAGGAACAUGCAGAAGCUGGCUCCAGUGAAAGCUGCAGCCCCCAGCCUGGCCCCCGGCUCCCUCAGCAGCACCCCCAGCAGCACCCCCGUGCCCGGCCCAGAACAAACCAUCUCAUUGCCAUUCAACACUCCCGAGUACCUGAAAUCAACCUUCUCCAAGACAGACUCCAUCACAACUGGAACAGUCUCCACAGUAAAGAAUGGAUURCCCACUGACAAACCAGCCGUCAGCGAAGACGUAAAUAUUUACCAGAAGUACAUUGCCAGGUUCUCUGGCAGUCAGCACUGUGGGCACAUACACUGUGCAUACCAGUACAGAGAGCACUACCACUGCCUGGACCCAGAGUGCAACUACCAGAGAUUCACCAGUAAACAGGAYGUGAUUCGCCAUUACAACAUGCACAAGAAGCGAGAUAACUCCCUGCAGCACGGCUUCAUGCGCUUCAGCCCCCUGGACGACUGCAGCGUCUACUACCACGGCUGCCACCUGAAUGGGAAAAGCACUCACUACCACUGCAUGCAGGUGGGCUGUAACAAGGUCUAUACAAGCACCUCUGAUGUGAUGACCCACGAGAACUUCCACAAGAAGAACACUCAGCUCAUCAACGAUGGCUUCCAGCGGUUCCGCGCCACCGAGGACUGCGGCACCGUGGAGUGCCAGUUCUACGGGCAGAAAACCACCCACUUCCACUGCAGGAGACCUGGGUGCACGUUCACCUUCAAGAACAAGUGUGACAUUGAGAAGCACAAGAGCUACCACAUCAAAGAYGAUGCCUAUGCCAAGGACGGCUUCAAGAAGUUCUAUAAGUAUGAGGAAUGCAAGUAUGAGGGCUGUGUGUACAGCAAGGCCACCAACCACUUCCACUGCAUCAGGGCGGGCUGYGGCUUCACCUUCACCUCCACCAGCCAGAUGACUUCGCACAAGCGCAAACACGAGCGCCGGCACAUCCGCAGCUCGGGGGUGCUGGGCCUGCCCSCCUCCCUGCUGGGCUCCAAGGACAACGAGCAGGAGGAGUCCAGUAACGACGACCUCAUUGACUUCUCUGCCCUGAGCUCCAAGAACUCCAGCCUGAGUGCCUCCCCGACCAGUCAGCAGUCUUCCGUGUCCCUCAUCGUCCCGGCCGCGCCCUCCUCUGCGGCCGAGCUCUCUUCCUCCCAGGCCACCAAAUCUGCCAACAGCAUGACACCAGCCACCAAGAUCUCUGGCCUGCUUUCCCAGGCUCUUCCCAGCAAUAUCCCCUUGGCCCUGGCCCUCUCCAACUCGGCCCUUCCUGGAGCAGCUGGAUCCUUCUUCCCCAUCAUCCCCAGCCGGGUCUCUACCCCUCUUCCUGCCAGCUCGGCUAAUCUGAUCACUGCUGCUUCUUCUGGCACCAACCCAGCACCGUCAGCUCCCACAGAUUCYUCAUCCCAGGCAGUUCCAGGAUCUGCUGAGCCAGUGGCUACUUCCUCUCCCACUCCAGCAGCCUCUAUAAUGGAGAGGAUCUCUGCUAGCAAGGGAYUGAUCUCUCCUAUGAUGGCCAGGCUGGCAGCAGCUGCACUCAAGCCCUCGGUGGCACUGGAAGCAGGGAAUGGCCAAGCAGCACCUCCUGGACGGUUCAACCCAGUCCAGGUGAAGCAGGAACCUGCCGAGGCGCUGGGAUCCUCAUCUGCCAUCAGCCAGGACUCCCUGCAGGAGCACAGCUUGGACCUGAGCAUCAAGGACCACGGUAAUGAAUCAAAUGGCCACACAGUCUCGGCAAAUUCAUCUCUUUUAUCCUCGCUUAUGAAUAAGAUGUCCAAGAGCAGUGGCAGCCUUGGCAAUUUGCUGAACAUUAAGACAGAAGGCGAAGGCAGCCAGGCUGGGGCUGGGGAGCCAAGCCAGUACUUGGGCAAGGCAGUGAAGGCACUGGUCCAGGAGAAGCUCUCAGAGCCAUGGAAGAUGUACCUGCGCCGGUUUGGCACCAAGGAUUUCUGCGACGCGCAGUGUGAUUUUCUGCACAAGGUGCAUUUCCACUGCGUGGUGGAGGAGUGUGGRGCCCUGUUCAGCACCCUGGAUGGAGCCAUCAAACACGCCAAUUUUCACUUCCGAACUGAGGGUGGAACUGUGAAAAGCAACUCAGAGUCUCCUUUCUCAACCACUACUGAGAAUAAGGUUUCCCUGGCCCCUUCAUCACCACCUGCUGCUCCUGGCCCCAUGGCCAGUGCUSCUGCCCUCGACAUGGCCACUCCAAACGCGGCCGCGGUGCCCUCUGCCCCCACGCUGCUGGCCUGGAAGCAGCUGGCUUCAACCAUACCCCAGAUGCCUCAGAUCCCAGCAUCAGUGCCUAACCUGGCAGCUUCGCCCUUGGCAACCACUUCCCUGGAGAAUGCCAAGCCUCAGGUCAAGCCUGGAUUUCUGCAGUUCCAGGAGAAUGAUCCCUGCCUGGCAACAGACUGCAAGUACGCCAACAAAUUCCACUUCCACUGUCUCUUUGGGAACUGCAAGUAUGUGUGCAAAACCUCUGGCAAAGCAGAAUCCCACUGCCUGGACCACAUCAACCCCAACAAUAACCUGGUGAAUGUGCGAGAUCAGUUUGCUUACUACUCCCUGCAGUGUCUCUGUCCCAACCAGCACUGUGAAUUCCGGAUGCGAGGGCAUUACCACUGUCUGCGUCCUGGCUGCUACUUCGUGACCAACAUCACCACCAAGCUGCCCUGGCACGUCAAAAAGCACGAGAAGGCAGAGAGGAGGGCGGCCAACGGCUUCAAGUACUUCACCAAGCGGGAGGAAUGCGGCAGACUCGGUUGCAAAUACAACCAGGUGAACAGCCACUUCCACUGCAUCCGAGAGGGCUGCCAGUUCUCCUUCCUGCUCAAGCACCAAAUGACAUCCCACGCCAGGAAGCACAUGAGGAGGAUGCUGGGCAAGAACUUYGAUCGUGUCCCUACUCAGGUUAUUGGCCGCACUCCAAGGAGUGAAAAUCUCCCCCAGGUUGGCAGCAUGGCACCCAGCCCAGCCUCAUCAGGAACCCCAGCUUCCUUUCAGGGACCCCCAAGCAUGAUGGACACYGAAACAGAAGAGUUCAUGGAUUACACUGGCUGUAGCCCGGGGGGRAUCUCCUCCGAAUCUUCCAACAUGGACCGCAGCUGUUCCAGCACUCCCGUGGGCAAUGAAAGUACCUCAGCAGGGAACACCAUCACGAUGCCAACUGCCUCAGGGGCCAAAAAGCGUUUCUGGAUUAUUGAGGACAUGUCCCCGUUUGGCAAGCGCCGCAAGACCGCGUCCUCGCGCAAGAUGCUGGACGAGGGGAUGAUGCUGGAGGGAUUUCGGCGCUAUGACCUCUACGAGGACUGCAAGGACUCCAGCUGCCAGUUCUCCCUCAAGGUCACCCACUACCACUGCACGCGGGAGAACUGCGGCUACAAGUUCUGCGGCCGCACCCACAUGUACAAGCACGCCCAGCACCACGACCGCGUCGACAACCUGGUGCUGGAUGAUUUCAAACGCUUCAAGUCUUCACUGAGCUGUAACUUCCCAGACUGUCAGUUCUCUGGCAACAGCACGCACUUCCACUGCCUGCGCUGCGGCUUCCGCUGCACCGACAGCACCAAGGUGACGGCKCACCGCAAGCACCACGGCAAGCAGGACGUCAUCAGCGCCGCCGGCUUCUGCCAGUUCAGCUCCAGCGUGGACUGCGAGGUGCCCGACUGCAAAUACAAACUCAAGUGCUCCCACUUCCACUGCACCUACCCCGGCUGCAAGCACACGGUGGUGGGCAUGUCUCAGAUGGACUCGCACAAGCGCAAGCACGAGAAGCAGGAGCGMGGGGAGCUGCCUGCCAUCUCUCCCGGCCCCGAGGGCAUUGCCCACUCCGCCCUUGACUACGAUAUCCAGAACUCUUCCAUCAACCUGGACAGCUCCCUCAACCUCAGCACUGACAACACCAGCUCGCUGUUCUUCCUGCAGAACGCGGCGGGCGUGGGGCUCAGCGACUCGCUGGACCUGAGCAAGAAGCAGCCCGAGGUGAGCGAGGGCCCGGCCCCGAGCAGAGCUGGGACAGGACAGGAGAUGGACAGGAGCGCGGGGACAGCGGGGACAGCGGGCGCUGCCGGCGCCGAGGACGAGGAGGACUCUUCCCAGGAGGAUGAAGAGGAUGAUGAGGAGGAGAUGAACGAAGAAGAGGAGGAUGACGAAGAGGAGGAUGACGACGAUGACGAUGAGGAGGAUGAGGAGGAGGAAGACCUGAACACAGAUUCUGAAGAGUCUCUGCCGGACCCGGAGGGCCUGGCCGCUAAAGAGGAUGGAGAAGCAGAGGAGGCCGUGUCCUCCACAGAGCACGGGGACGCUGCCGGGCCCCAGGGCGAGCCCGCCCUGACUGCAGCCCCAACCCCKGCCCCAGCCCCGGCUGCUGCCUCAGCCUCCACCAUCGCUCCUGCAGCCUCUCCUUAAUCUGACAGACACCAACGGCAGUGGCUUGGUUUUUCUCUUACACAGAAUUACUAAGAGGACCCYGUAUGAGGCGAGAACAAAGAUUGGGAUGGCAAAUGAAAAACAAACUCCAUGCCACGAAUGAGAGAGAGGAAGGAAGGAAGGAAACCCCUGCUCCUCCCCAGGCCCCGUAAGAGAYGGGUUUGCAGCAGGACUGGUGCUGCAUCACUCCAUUCUGCAGAUCCCAGAACGGGGGCGGGAUGCAGCAGAAAAUACCCUUUCCAUGGACAUGAACCUUGAGGGUACCUGCUGCUUCUCCUCGCUCCCUGCAUGGUGCGUGGGGCCUGUGCCCAUCUGGGGACCCUUUCUUAUGGGUGGGGCUCCAUCCCCCCAGUUUUCUUUCUGGGUUUUGUUUUUCCAUGUUUUCAGUUGUACGAUAAUAAUAAUAAUCUCCACUUCUUGGAGGGGGGUGGGUGGGAGUAAGAGGUAAUGACUUCUAGAAAUAUAUAUUUGUGUGUGUGUCUCUAUAUAAUGCACACACACACACACAUAUAUAAAACUUAAGGAAUUGGUGUCACAAAGACAACUCAGCUUUUUCCAGUGGGAAKGAGGGGUGAGGGGUGUGCUCUCUCUCCACCCCUCCCCCUUCUUUCUCCAGCAUUAAAUGAAUGGCAUCAGACAGCCAGGGUGGGAGUGGGUAUUUAUUGUUACAUAAAUGAGGAUGCAUUAAUGAAUGAGCAGGGGUGGGAAUGGGACACUCCUCUGUUCUUCCAGAUCCUUUUUACUGUUAAUGAUAAUAAUUUUGAAUGCUAUUUAUAUUGUAAAACUUUCUCAGUCUACAUUUUCUCUGUAGGACACCUCUCCUCAUCCCUGCUGUUUGACUGUAGGGAUUUAGCUGAAGUAACCUGGGAAGAGCACAGCGGGCAGUUUAAAGGGUCUGUCACACUGGAGGAGGACUGGGGUUACUCUGCUGUCCAGUUCCAUCUCAUCCCAACCCCCAGGUGCUUCCUCUCUGCCGAGGGUGAGGCGUUUUUGUGGUGCUUCAGUAUCCCCAUCUCAGGAGGCUGCGAGCACCCCACGGUGCAGCUCAGGGAGCACCGAGCUCGCACAGGAGGAGACCCUGUCCCUAAAGCAGCCCUGAGAGCUGCCCUGAGAGCUGCCCUGCACUGAGAUGUGCCCGUCUGACGGCACGGAUGGGCACGGAUGGGCACGGAUGGGCACGGAUGGGCACGGAUGGGCACGGAGCUCGGGCAGCUCCGGCACUGCAGCGGAGAGAGGAGAGGGCAGGACACGCUCUGAGCCCAGGCUGGGG